AUUCAUGGUUAAGGUCUUGAACAGAUACGCAAAACUUUACAACUUAAAUCACCUAAAACUGUUAUCACGAUAUUUAACAAGCAUAUAAGUAAAUUACCAUGGUAUGGUAUAAUAGAUGUUAAUAAUAUCCGUACCAUGUACACCAGUGUGAAGGCUUUGUUAUUGUUUCACGUGCUAAUAAGGGGAGUACCAUUUGUUGUAUCCCGGAAUUGUGUGCCCAAAGAGCUUGAACCGGAUAAGAUCGUCUGCGUUUGCACCGACACUUACUGUGAUGUUCUUGAACCAGUAGAAAAACUUCCUCCAACCGAGUACGCCGUAUAUACAUCUAAUAGAGAUGGGGAAAGGUUCUCCAAAAAGAUCAGUUAUUUUACACGACCAAUCGUAUUUACAAAUUGCACCGUACCUAAUUCCGAUAGAGCAUGCGAACAUAAUGUUCAUGUUGACUAUGUUCUUUGUUCUCAAAAUCAAAAGAAAAAUGUGCAGGAGAGUAUUGACGCUAAAAAAGCUGAGAAAAAGAUUUACAUUAAUCCAGAAACUCGAUAUCAAGAAAUUUUUGGUUUCGGAGGAGCUUUUACGGAUUCGACAGGAAUAAAUAUCAAGAAUAUGAGUCCUGAACUUCAAGACUAUGUAAUUAGGUCAUAUUUUUCAGAUGAAGGUCUAGAAUACAAUUUGGGAAGAGUACCAAUGGGUGGUACUGAUUUUUCUGAUCACUACUACUCUUACAUGGACAGUGAUGAAGAGGAUUUAAAUUGCAUAGAUCCCAAGUUAAGACAAAUGCAGCUUGCUCCAGAAGAUUUUGAGUAUAAGAUUCCAAUCAUACAAGAAGCCCUUAACAUUGCCAAAGACCUUAAGCUCAUUACUUCUACUUGGACCAUACCGAAAGCAUUUAAAGAAAGUAACUUGUAUCGAGGAACCAUGGGCUUUGUUAUAGAUGAACUCUAUCAGCUUCUGGCUGAUUAUUAUGUAAAAUUUUUGGAUCUAUAUUCAAAGUAUGGAAUUAGUUUUUGGGGUAUCUCUACAGGAAAUAAACCCUUCUUAGCUAUGGCUGAAAUUGUUGGUGUUCCAGCUGUUUUUUGGUUUCCGGAUGAUUUGAGUCUUUGGAUAAGAGAGAAUUUGGGACCUACAAUAAGAAAAUCUGCCUUUAAAAAUAUUAAAAUGUUGACUUUGGAUGAUCAAAGACCACUUUUGCAAAUUUUACCUAAGGUUUUAGCACACUAUAAAACUCUAGAUUAUAUAGACGGAAUUGCACUUCAGUCUUAUUUUGACUAUGCUAAUAAUACUUAUUUAUUAGACAGAACCCAUACACUAUAUCCACACAAAUUUAUGCUUUCAACUGAGGCUGCUGUAGGUUCGAAAUACACCGGAGCAGCAACAAUGGGGGACUGGGCCAACGGUGAACUUUAUGCUACAGAUAUUAUUCAAGACUUUAACCACUGGGUAACUGGAUGGAUAGACUAUAACAUGGUGCUUGAUACUGAAGGAGGUCCAACUUUAUCCGAUCCAUUAAUCGCACCGAUUACGUCCAAUGUAACGGAGUUCUACAAGGAGCCGCAAUACUAUGUUUUAGCCCACUUCUCUAAAUUUAUUACGAGAGGUUCAGUUAGAAUAUAUUCUUCUCAGUGCGACGCUGACAAUUUGGUUCAACAGACUGCUUUUCAAAGACCAGAUGAUGGUAUAGUAGUAGUCAUUUUAAAUAGGAAUGAUUUUCCGGUGAAGAGGACUCUGAUCAACUGUGGCAAGUCAGAUAUUAAAUUAAGUUUAAGUGCCAGAUCAAUAACAACUGUGGUAUAUUGGUAAAACUCAUAUGAUUUUUAAGUGAAAAUAUAAUAUGAUUUUAAUAAAAUUUUUCUGAAAUAAACAUAAAACUUUUUAGCCUC